CCAUAAGGACUCGCUCAGAGAGAGUUUUCAACCGGGGAAGGGAGGUGGGGCUUGAAGGGUGCAUCCGGAUAUAAAAGGAACAAGAAGCCCUCUUUGGACCCGAAUCUAGCAGCGGCAAGGAAUCGACCAAGAGCCUGAUGCCUGGUGAGGACGGCAAUGACAAGUCUGAACAGUAGCCAUGCAGAGAAAACCGGUGACAUGCCCAAGCCAACAACCCCCAAGGUGCAGGUCCAGCGGUCCGUUUCCCGAGAGACCAUCACUAUUCACUUCUCGGCCUCCGGGAAGGAGGAGGAAGAGGAAGAGGAGGGGUUUAGGGAGUCCCCCAGUGAGGAGGUAGACGACCAAAGCAUUGUAACUGGGCUCGAAGCAAAGGAAGACCUUGAUUUUGAACAUGGUGGCCAUGACUUUGCAGGACCCGCUACCUUGCCUUAUCUGGCAGCAAAGUCCCUAGCUUCAUCUCCUGCCAUUUUACCUGUCACCGGGGACACUGUAGAGCCAUUGGAGCCCUUUCCUCCAGCUGCCCAAGUAUUCAGUACGGUGCCAUCGGCUCUUUUGCAGGCAUCUUCCCCCCUCGCUCCCCUAGCUAGCUCACCCAGCGUGUCAUCGCUCUCGGAGCAGAAGACCAGUUCUUCUUCCCCAUUGUCCUCGCCUUCCAAGUCUCCUGUCCUCUCCUCCAGUGCCUCUUCCUCCACCCUCUCCAGUGCAAAACCUUUCAUGAGCCUUGUCAAGUCCUUCUCCACAGAUGUAGAGCCAAAAGACUCGCCGUCACCCCUGAGGCACAGGCACUUGAUGAAGACUCUAGUGAAGUCUCUGUCCACAGACACUUCCAAACAAGAAUCAGACACUGUGGCCUACAAGCCCCCCGACUCCAAACUGAACUUGCACUUGUUCAAGCAGUUCACUCAGCCACGCAACACGGGGGGAGAUUCCAAAACUGCUCCCUCCUCUCCGCUGACAUCUCCCUCGGAACCUCGCUCCUUUUUUAAAGUGCCCGAAAUGGAGGCGAAAAUAGAAGACACUAAACGGCGCCUGUCCGAAGUCAUAUAUGAACCUUUCCAACUCCUCAGCAAAAUUAUGGGAGACGAAAGCAGCAGCCACAGGCCAAAAGCCUUAUCUUCAAGUGCUUCGGAACUCUCCAAUCUUUCCAGCUUAAAUGGCCAUUUGGAAAGCAAUAACAACUACAGCAUUAAAGAAGAGGAAUGUGAUUCAGAAGGGGACUGUUAUGGAAGUGACUCAAACAUCAGUAAAAAUGACUCCACGAAGCCCGCUGAGGAUCUGGCUCAAGAAACCUCUCACUCAAGCAGCACAAAGGAUGUGAAUUUGAAGGUUUCCCUGGCACUUGAAAAAUGUUCGAUGUCCGCCUUGGCGAGCAAAGAGGAUGAGGAAUUUUGUGAGCUGUACACCGAGGACUUUGAUCUGGAUACUGAGGAGGAAAACAGAGGGGAUAAACCCAUAGAUACAUCUUCCAAGUCACAGAUGCGUGAGGAAAACGGUGCCGUUCUUGAGAGUGAAGAUGAAGACGACCGGUGUGUGCCACAGCCUAAUUUACCAAUGAAGACGCUGUAUUUAUUUAUAAUGCUAGUCUAUGCCUACUUUAUAAUCCCUCUUCCAAGCUAUGUGAGUGGACUCUUUCUGGGAGUUGCCCUUGGAUUUAUGACUGCAGUUUGUGUAAUUUGGUUUUUUACACCACCAAGUGCUCGAAAAUAUCCCAGGUUAUAUAAAAAUAUGAAACGUGGGAAAACAGAACCUCUGGAUAUCAAAGAGCCUGAAAUACUGAAGGGAUGGAUGAAUGAGAUUUACAAUUAUGAUCCAGAAACUUACCAUGCGACUUUGACCCAUUCAAUCUAUGUACGACUUGAAGGAGAAACCUUAAGGCUUUCAAAGCCCAACAAAAAUAUAUCCAGAAGAGCCAGUUUCAACGAGCCAAAGCCCGAGGUCACUUACAUCAGCCAGAAGAUUUAUGAUAUUUCAGAAAGCAAGAUUUAUCUUGUUCCCAAGAGUUUGGCUCGUAAGCGAAUCUGGAACAAAAAGUACCCAAUCUGUAUUGAACUUGGUAAACAAGAUGACUUUAUGUCUAAAGUCCAGGCGGAUAAAGAUGCCUUGGAAGAGAAGUCACCAGCUGAGAGGGAUUCAGGAAGUGAUGACCAAAAGAAACUUCUGGAUGGAGGAAAAUCUACAGGCCAGAAAGAUCAAAUCCUUUAUCUCUUUGGAAGGACAGGUCGGGAGAAAGAGGAGUGGUUCAGAAGAUUUGUUCUUGCUUCCAAGUUGAAAUCUGAAAUGAAGAAACCACUCAACCUUUGUGGAAACAAGCCAGGGUUCUUGCCCACCCACAGCAGACACGGUAGCCAGUCUGGGAACCUAACACAUAGCCGCAACAGCAGCAAAGGCAGUGUAGAAGAAUUCAUGUCUCCAGCUAAGCAAAAGGAGCUGACUGGUGCUGUGCGGCAGAAAAUGCUUCUGGACUACAAUGUGUACAUGGCCAAAUGUAUCCCACAGGAAGAUAGAAGCCCCAAAGUUAGCCCAAUUCAGAGUGCAGAGAGCAGCCCUACAGCUGGGAAAAAGUUGCCAGAGGCCCAAGCCCCUGAAGAGGAAGAACAGGAGGCCUGGGUUAAUGCCUUGUUUGGAAGGAUAUUCUGGGACUUUCUGGGAGAGAAAUAUUGGACUGAUCUGGUGUCGAAGAAAAUCCAAAUGAAACUCAGUAAAAUAAAGCUCCCGUACUUCAUGAAUGAGCUAACUCUGACAGAACUUGACAUGGGAGUGGCUGUGCCAAAGAUCCUUCAGGCCUUCAAGCCUUAUGUUGAUCACCAAGGACUCUGGAUUGACUUGGAAAUGUCUUACACUGGGUCUUUUCUGAUGACUCUUGAGACCAAAAUGAAUUUGACCAAACUGGGUAAAGAGCCUCUUUGUGAAGACCUCAAAGUUGGAGAAAUUGGCAAAGAAGGAUCCAGGCCUAGGGCUUAUUGUCUCGCCGACAGCGAUGAGGAGUCUUCCAGCGCCGGCUCCUCCGAUGAAGACGAUGCCCCAGAAGUGACCACGGGAGAUAAACCCUUCGCUCCUGGAGCUGAAGGGUAUGUUGGAGGUCAUCGAACCAGUAAGAUAAUGAGAUUUGUAGAUAAAAUCACCAAGUCGAAAUACUUUCAAAAGGCAACUGAGACAGAGUUCAUUAAAAAGAAAAUUGAAGAAGUCUCUAAUACGCCACUGCUGCUAACGGUCGAAGUUCAAGAGUGUAAAGGAACCCUGGCCAUCAACAUUCCACCACCUCCAACUGACCGAAUAUGGUAUGGUUUCCGAAAACCGCCAUACGUGGAACUGAAAGCCCGGCCAAAACUUGGGGAGAGAGAAGUGACUUUAGUCCACGUGACUGAAUGGAUUGAAAAGAAACUGGAGCAAGAGUUUCAAAAAGUUUUUGUCAUGCCAAACAUGGAUGAUGUUUAUCUCCCUGUAAUGCACUCGGCCAUGGAUCCUCGCUCCGCUGCCUGUCCAUUCAAAGAUCCGCUCCCGGAGGCUGCUGAACAACUGUGAAUGUGAAGACUUGCCGUUUACAGUAUUAAAUGAAAUUUGAUUUCUAGGAUUUUAGUUCUCUUUGCUCUGUGUCGUAGUCUUAUCCUUAACUUGUGCCACAGGUUUUGUUUCUCAAAGGAGGACUGCUUCUGUUAUCCCUAUGCUCUGCUUACCUGUUCCACCACAGCGCAGGUCUUCAGGUUUCAAGCGGAUGGAUUAGCCGCUGGUCGAGCUCUGACAGUUGGCAAAGGUGAAUGAGGGAAGCUGAUCACGGUAGAUCUUAAAUUGGAGGAUCCCAAAAUUUGGGAUGUGUCAUCCUCAUUCCACUAGAGGUGUUACCUUGGUGGCCGAGGAUUGGCAAUGCUGAGCCAAUGGAACUAAAGUACAAAAGGAAAGUGGUCCACUAGAAAGCUUCAUCCUCCCUAUUCUAUAGCUUUUCCUCUGACAGCUAGAGGAACCUAGUUAAACCUUUUUUUUCCACUCCUGUGGCCAAGUGGGCUAUGUUGUGCAAUCUCAGCCCACUGUUCGCCUGAAAAGAAUGUAAAUCAGAUGGAGUAUUUAGUGAAUGAUUUCACUGGACGCAGAAAAGCAUUAAGCUGUUUUUUGGGUGGUUUUUUUUUCAUAUUAACUAGUGCAUUUUGGAAGCAAGUAGCCAUAAAACAUACAAAAACACUUUACACACUAUCUGUUGGGGGUGGGAAUGGUAGGGUUUUGUGAAACACUUAGGCAAAGCCAUGAGAUCAGACCAUACCAAGCCUUUUACCAGUGAGGUACAAUCACCAUGGUUUGUGACUAGUCCUGAAUGUUUGUGAGACAUGAGCACACAUGAAAAUGUCUAACACUGCACACAUUGUCCAGAAAUAAUGAAUUGUCCCACUUGUCAGUGGAGCCUUCUCAGUAGAGGCCAAAGGAGAGUGGGACAGUCCUGUGGGUGUCUUAAUGAUUUCCCAGCCAUGAUUUUAUUUCUGGAAGUUUUAUAUAGGAAUUAAAAUGCUUAUUUAAAUUAAUGCUUAUGUAAACUGGUCCAGGAUAAUGUUAAGAACAGUUUCCUUUUCUAAAAAGUGGCCAAAGUGGAAAGAAACUGUUACUUAUCCUGUUAUUAAAUUCAAGACCAAAAGUUUGCAGAAUUCUUUGAAACACUACGUAUCUGAUCAUGACCAUUUGUGACUUUUUCUUCUGAUGCUCAAUGUUGCCAAUUUUAUUUGUGCAUCUGUGUCAGAAUGUUUAGUUUACAAAUAAGGGGAGAUUUAGGCUCCCUUUAGUUGUAUCAUUUGCUUUAAAGUAAUUUGGGGGGAGUUUUUUGUAUUGUGUUCAAAAGCUGCAUUCGAUGUAAAUCUACAUUACUUUGUGCAACUUUUGAUAAUUUACCAUGUCUAGACAAAGCUAAUAGUGAAGGUUUUUUAAACAGCACCUUGCCUAAAGCAUAAAAAGCAUUUAAUAUAUUGAAAGAAAUUAUAUUUGAACACUUAUUUUUGGUUACUUUCAAUUGCAAUAUUAUAUUUGACUAAAUUUAUAUUUGACCAUUCCAGUUUGUGUACGGUUAUUUUUCAUUACGUCAGCACCCUUUGCCUUUCAUAAAAUCCGCAUGUCUUGUUCACGGGAUCUUUAUGAUUUAAUAUUUGUGCAAUAACUAAAGUCAAAGAACUUAGAUGCACUAGUGUGUAGGAUUACACUUGAAGGUAUCCUAUCGCACUUAAAUCAAGAUAGUAUGUAAGGAAUUACAAUCCGCUUGCAUUUGUUUUAAAAAAUAAAUUUCUCUUGUCUAAUGUUAACAGCAUCUAAGUUAUUUUUACAUAACUGUUUAGACAGGUGUUUCAAUAAAAGCAGAUGGGAUGCAAUGUG